AUGAAACAAAUGUUGAAAGACUUUUCAAAUCUAUUGUUGGUGGUGCUCUGUGACUAUGUUCUUGGAGAGGCUGACUAUCUGCUCUUGGGAGAGCCAGGCCAUGUAGCACUAAGCAACCACACGGUGUCUGUGGAGUUUCAGCAUUUUGGUGGCGCUAACGGGACCCUGAGGAAUGUAUCCAUCCUGCUGUUGGAGGCCAGAACCAACCAGACUGUUACCACCAAGUACCUUCUGACCAAUCAGUCCCAGGGAACACUGGACUUUGAGUGCUUUUAUUUCAGAGAAGCUGGUGACUACUGGUUCAUGAUGUCUCUAGAAAGAGCGGACAAUAACACUGUACUCCCUUCAUGGAAGAAGAGUGCCUUCCUGAAGGUGGAGUGGCCAGUCUUUCACAUCGACUUAAACAGAAGCACCAAUGCAGCGGAAGGCACCUUUCAGGUGGGCCUUUCUACCGGUCAGCCACUGUGUGCGUUCCCUGCCGACAAGCCUGGCAUCUUGGUGGAGGUCACCUUCACCAACAGUCUUCCUGAGACAAGAACAAGUCAGGGACAACCCCUGGAAAUAAGAUCCAGCAAAAGGACAGAGCUCUGUCAAGAUCAGUGGCUGGAGUUUGGCUGUGCACCUGUGGGGCCAAAAGCCUAUGUCACUGUGGUGCUGAAGCCGCUUGGCUGGGACUCGGUCAUUUCCUCUGCUGGACCCAUUGACCUGGCUCAGAAAUUUGGAUACAAACUGGUGAUGGUGCCAGAACUGACUUGCGAGUCUGUGGUGGAGGUGAUGGUGAUGCCUCCACCUUGUGUCUUUGUCCAGGGAGUGAUGGCUGUCUUCAAGGCGGCCCCCCGACGCCCCGGGGAGAGGCCAGUCCAGCUGGCUGAGAACAGCCUGAGUCUGGGAGAGAGGAGGACAGUAUUUAACUGCACUCUGUUUGACAUGGGGAAGAAUAAAUACUGCUUUGACUUUGGUAGCUCAAGUAGAAGCCAUUUUUCUGCAAAGGAGGAGGAGUGCAUGCUAAUUCAGAGAAAUAUAGAGACCUGGGGACUGUGGCAGCCGUGGAGCCGGUGCAGCACCAGCUGUGGCGAUGGUGUCAGGAAGCGUCUGCGCGUGUGCCUCACUUCCUUCCCCUCCAGACCCGGCUGCCCUGGGCUGUCCUCAGAAACCUCCCCGUGUUCCCUGGAGGAGUGUGACGUGUUUCAGGGGUCCAGCCCAUCUCCUCUCCAGCCCGAGGGUCCGGCGAAGCCCAGCAACGUCGUGACGGUCACGGGCAUUUCCCUGUGCCUGUUCAUCAUCGUGGCCACCGUGCUCAUCACGCUGUGGAGGAAGUUUGGCCGAGCCCCCAAGUGUGGCACCCCUGCUCGGCACAACUCCAUCCACUCGCCCAGCUUCCGGAAGAACUCGGACGAGGAGAACAUCUGUGAACUGAGUGAGCAGCGGGGCAGCUUCUCAGAUGGGGGAGAUGGGCCCUCGGGGAGCCCGGGGGAGGUGGGCAUCCCUUUGACCUACAGGCAGAGCGUGCCGGCCACUCCUGAGGACGACGCCUCCGGCAGCGACAGCUUCCAGUCCAGCGCCCAGAAGAUAAUCCCUCCUCUGUUUAGCUACCGCCUUGCUCAGCAGCAGCUGAAGGAGAUGAAGAAGAAAGGCCUGACAGAAACCACCAAAGUGUACCACGUGUCUCAGAGCCCCCUGACGGACACUGCUGUCGACGCGGCCUCCAGCCCCGCCUUGGACUUGGAAGGCCCAGAGGAAGUGGUGGGGAACAAGUUCCGCAUCAAAUCCCCAUUUGCAGACCAGCCUCCGGUCAGCAAUGGAGAGCGGCCCCCCUCUAGGCUGGACCUCACCUCUGCGCAGGCCAGUUGUGCAGUGAGUCCCAGCCAGACCCUCAUCCGCAAGUCACAGGCGAGGCUCGCGGGCAGCAGAGGCGGCCAGGCCGAGAGGAGCCAUGCCAGGAACUCCCACUUCAGAAGGACUGCUAGUUUUCACGAGACCAGGCAGGCCAGGCCGUUCCGUGAGAGGAGCAUGUCCACGCUGACUCCUCGGCAGGCCCCCAACUACGGCUCCCGGACUCGAACCUGGGACCAGGCGGACGACAAGGCGAGACCUCCGAGCCGAGGCACCCACCUGGUCCCUGAGAAGGUGGAGCAUUUCCAAGGAGCAGGAGGGAGCAGUGGUCUGUUAAGCCCUCUCCCCAAGGCCCACACGGUGGGACAGCCCACGAGGACACCAGACCUGGGGGGUCACCAGGCAGGGCUUGUGGUGGGAUUUGAGAGGACAGAGUCCCACAGAGCUCGGAGGGGACCGUCCCCCAGUCGCAGGAGCAUCUCAAGGAAACAGCCUUCUCCUGUUCACCCCAAAGAUAGCUACCAGAGGGCCAGCCCACUGAGUCCUUCCCAGGGUCGAAAGGACAAGUGUCAGAGCUUCCCCACGCAUCCAGAGUUCGCCUUCUAUGACAACACAUCCUUUGGCCUCUCGGAGGCGGAGCAGAGGAUGCUCGACCUCCCUGGGUAUUUUGGGUCCAAUGAAGAGGAUGAGACCACGAGCACGCUCAGUGUGGAGAAGCUGGUGGUCUGA